UGCACCCGUUAUUAUAUUUAUGGAAAUACGCGCAUCAAAUGGUUACAAUACAUCGCGACCAGUGUGUUUCAUGAUAUUUACUGAUGUGAAGUACAUCGACUGUUUUCGAAGGCUACGUAACAUCCGGCACAAAUGCUGUCGUGUCCGGUAGCUGAUUAAAUCCUAUCCGAGGUAUGUUCGUCGAAGAAAGUGAGUCGUCUUAUAAGAAGGGGAGAAAGUGACCCAGAGAGGUCUGGUCUACGGCUCGCGCGCGCACGACAUCGUACUCGAAUCUUUUCUUCUUCUCAGUCGGCCGUAACAUUCGGUUGGGUGUGGAAUAUUCUCGAUGCCAAGAGAGUUGUGCAUAGAGAGUGCGGAAGUAAAUAAUCAUCUUUGCAUCUUCCAUCCACAAGUGUUCUGUCAUCGCUCUAUUAAAACACACACAUGUAUCGGAGAACUGCAAUAGAAGCAAAGAUGAAACAAACUGUACAAUCACCUUUUGUCAUUAUGCUUAUUACGUUGAUGGCAAUCAGCACUGUGGUACUCGGCGUGCCAUCUCAACUGGACAACUCAUCGGCUGUUGCGACAAAUCAUGGUCCUUGGGCGGAAAUUCUUGAAAACUGGAUUACCUCUCAGUCGAAUAAUUCUCGUGCAUCACGCACGAUGAAGAUCGGUGACAAGACAGUGUCGGUGUCGAGUAAAAUCUCCACCGGGAAUAAAAAAGACGUUUCCGAAACCGAUCUUUAUCUGCUUGGUGCCAUCGAGAAACUGGUGUACAGAGUGGAUCAUGUGGAAAAACGAUUGAGAAGAGCGGAAGAGUUGUUGUAUUACAUUAUCUCUGGCAACAACAAAGAGAAAGAACCUUGUCCCGCCAAUUAUACAAGAAUGGGUCAAAACUGCUAUCACUUCAGCAACCGUGACUUCAACUGGAAAUCGUCAGCCAGUCUUUGCCGUGGAAUGGGCGGACAUCUGGUCGAAUUUGACACAAUCGAGGAGAGCCAAGAUGUAAUUGCCGGUCUAACGUCAGACUUCAAAUUAAAAGGAAAAGAUUUCUGGACUGGAGGAUUAAACCCAGGUCUUUUAUGGAUCUGGGCCAGCAGUGGUCGACCAGUCUAUCAAGAUACCAAACAACCAGUCAUAGGUGACGGCAGGUGUUUGAAAUUAUCCUAUAACGCGUCGUCAAAGAUCUACUCCUACAGAGGCGAGGAUUGCGGCUCGAGACAAAGAUACAUCUGCGAGUUGACAGUCGACGACGAAUCAGCGAACAAGAUCAAGAGGGAAGUACGGUUAUUGCUCCACAAGGAUAAUUAGUUGCGUUUAAUGGCGAAUGGAAAUAGGAAGAUGAAGGGAACAAAGGGGGCAAAAGAUUAUUCUUGUAAAUAUUAUAUAUAAUUUUAUCAACUUAUAUUGUGACUUUCUUUGACAAAAUAAUUUAUAAGUACAAAUUAUUCUCCCAUACUUCAGGACAUACAAGUUCUGUUUAAAUGUACGCGAACUGUAUACCUCGUGCGUGUGGAUACGUUCCAAGUUCCGUUUACAUAACAUUACGCAACAACAGACAUACAUUAAUAUCUGUCGCAAUACCUAUUCGCAAUACGUUCACGUGACAGCUUGUGUGCAUGUAUUUUUUCAACUACAAGAUCGAUUUUAUUACUAAGUUUAAAUCACAGGAUUUCUCAAAGAUUUCUCAUCGCAAGAUAGAUUGUGCAAUAUUAACUUGGUGAUAAUACCAAGUGUAAAGGUUUCAAUAUAGUCCGUAUAA